GAACAUGAAAACAGGAGGGUCAUUAGAUGCUCUGUUACCACCUACGGCAUUUUCCUCUCCCUCCUAAAUUUUUCUCAUUUGGCUGGGAAAGAAGCAGGGAAAAUAUUGGAGUAUAACAAAGCUAACAGCCUAGCACACUACAAAAGAGUUUUAAAGGAAAAAAAAAAAAAUCUAUCCUAGGCGAUCCAAUUCAUGCAUGGAAGAAGAAAAUUCCAAGAAGAAAAGACUGAAACUUGACUGGAAAGAAGUGUUAGACCAAAACGACGACGAACCACCGACGUUAAUGAUAGUGAAAACAACACCGGAGCCACCAAAACCCUCGCCGAUGACCACCGAUCUCUCUUCUAGGGAUGAUUGUUCCUACAUGACCGAUCACCAAUUAAAGGAAGCGAUUAAGAGGCAUAAGGCUCAUAUUACAUCGUUAAGCUCAAAUUUGCCUGACAAUGGAGAGAAGCUUCGGACCACUCUUAAAGCCUAUGAGGAAGAGCUAGACCGGAGAAAGCUUCGUUGCUCUGAUAUGGAUGUUGAUGUAUGUGAGAAGCCCACUCGCACUCACUUAAUGAGUUCAGAUGAAUUUAAACGAGAGAAUACAUCAUCCGAAGUUCGCUCACAAUCUGACUUUGCCUCUUUUUUUAGUAGAAAGAUGGACGAAAAUCGGAAUGAUAGCAAGGUAGGCAAAGUAUUUGAUAAAGAAUUGUCAAUUUUGGGUCGAUGCGAUCGACAGAAAAUGAGAUUUAAUGGAAACUCAUCGCAACGGGGAAGACAAAAGGAUUAUUCAUCCUCAAGGCAAUUACCUUUCAAAUGCGCUAGCAGUCUUUCACAUAAUGGAGAUAAAUAUAGUUUGGAUAAUAGUGACCAAAAGGGCACAUCUUCAUCUACUUAUCUAUUCCACUACAAUGGGCAAAACUUGUGCAGCAGUUUCUCCGAGAAGAAGGAUAGUCGUCAAGUCCUACCUUCAAAUGGUUCAAGGCCUAGGAAGGGGCAGACAGUUGUUCUUUUGGAUGAGGAUGAAACUCAGCAUGUUGAGGUAACAGAGGAUGCAAACAAAAUUGCUGAACGCAUGAAGGAUGCUAAGAUUGAUUAUCCAUCAAGGGAUGAUCCAGAAUCUGUGGAAAUUUAUUAUAAGGAUAUAAACUGCCUAGCCCCUGAAGGAUUUUUGACAUCACCUAUUAUGAACUUUUACAUCAGGUAUCUACAAAUAUCUCCGACAAACAAGGCUACAUGUGAUUAUCACUUUUUCAAUACAUUCUUCUAUCAGAAGCUCAAGCAGGCUGUAUCAUACAAGGGGAGUGACAAGGAAUCCUUUUUUAUCAAGUUCAGAAGGUGGUGGAAGGGGGUUAAUAUAUUCCAGAAGGCGUAUGUCUUUAUUCCCAUACAUGAUGAUCUUCAUUGGAGCUUGGUGAUUAUUUGUAUCCCAGACAAGGAAGAUGAGUCCGGACCAAUUAUUCUUCAUUUGGAUUCUUUGGGACUUCACUCAAGCAAAUUGGUUUUUGAAGAAAUUAGAAGCUAUUUGAGAGAGGAAUGGAACUACAUGAAUCAAGAGGUUCCUCCUCCCAAACUUCCGAUUGCAGACCGAAUAUGGAAGCAUCUACCUCGUAGAAUUGAUGAGAAAAAAAUUGAGGCUGUAUCACUCUGCAGUUGCAGUUCUAAAUUUCUGUGUGAAAUAUCUAAGCCUGAGGUACCCCAACAGAAAAAUGACUAUGAUUGUGGUCUCUUUGUACUUUUCUUCAUGGAGCGCUUCAUUGAAGAGGCUCCAGAUAGACUGAAAAAGAAAGAUUUAGCAAUGUUUGGCAAGCGGUGGUUUAGACCGGAACAGGCCUCUGGUUUGAGAGUGAAAAUCCGGAAAUUACUUUGGGAUGAAUUUGAAAAAGCAUCUCCGGAUGGCAGAAUUUCGGAAUCUUCUUCUCAGCCUUCAGGCGGUGCUUCACCAUGAAUUUAUUCAGCUGACGCUACUGGUUCUCCAAUGGAUUCGGUGUACCAUACAUGUAUAGCUCACAUUUGAGUACAAAAUUAAUUUGUGAAAGAAUGCUGAAAUGACUUUUGUAUAGACGUGGGGAUUGGUGCCACGGAGGAAGGUAGACAUUGGACAUGGAAGUAGUUCUCGGUCAUUUCCCUAUUGACCAGUUUUGAUGAGUUAGAAGUUCCAUUUAAUUGCUUCUUCAAAUGUAUAGGGGGAAUUGAUAUAGGCAGAUUACUGAUGAUGGUGGUGAUUAAGACAUAACCCACCAAUUAUUUUGUACUCCUUUUUUGUUUUGUUUUAUUUUACCUUUAGUUAAUAACAGACUAACUUCAAAGAAAAGAAAAUACGAGCAGUAGUUUCUGCUUAAAUGAA